AUGGCUAGUAUCAGCUCAAAAACACUCUCAUGCAACAUUCCCGUAUAUCGACUUACUUACACAACUACGCCGUCAUCCGUGGUCGACCCUAAACAAAUCGCCUUCGAGCAGUACCUUGCACAGAGAUGGAAAGGGGAGAAAGCUAAGGAAGGUUUGGGAGAAUGGAAUAAGGAGUUACCUGUCUUUUGGGAAGGUGCUGGACCCGAGGGACUGGGAAGAGACAGGGACAGGGAGAGGGAUCAAGAGAGGUUCAUAAAGCACACCGCCUAA